CACGCCUCGAGCUCGUUGUCGCAGCCAACCCCCCCAAACCAACCUCUCGCCGCAGCUUUCGCACCAAACACCCACCGACGCGUCGCUCCCCGAAACCCACACGACCAAACCAACCACCAGCCUCGCGCAUCAGCAGCAACAAUAACAACACGCAGCAGACCAGCACAAUGGCGAACGGCUGGGCCCCCAUCAUCGGCCUCAUCGUCGUCGCAAUCUUCUGUGCCGCAUCCUGGGUCCUAGCGCCAAAAGGCGAAAACCAGACGGUUUGGCGAUCUACUCUCGUGCUUUCUGCUGCGGCCAUGUACAUCAUGUGGGCUAUUACUUUUCUGGCACAACUUCAUCCCCUCAUUUCGCCCGUCCGAAACGACCUGCGACCAGAAUACAACGGCGGUCGCUAGUAUGUGUUUAUUUUUUGGUUGGUCGCUUGGCGCAUGUUAGAGUGUGAGUAGGAGCAGUAGUACUGAGAAACAAGGGUGCUCGGAGGGGGGGGGAAGACAGGCUGAAAGGCAGGGCAGAUAACAAGGUUAUCGGCGUACGCUGAGAGAGAGAGAGGGAAUGCGCCCGCCAUACGUGAAGGAAUUCUCUUUUUGCCGAGGGAGACUGGACUGUGCCUAGAAAGAGAGCUGAAUACGGAAACAGUCAUGUUGACCAUGUGUCGAAAUCUUGCACGCGCAAUUGUAUAUCUGGUUAGGCGCAUUAACGGAUCUUCGUUUUUUCUUAUCUUUCCUUCUUUAGGCUUGUACGAAUAUCAAAUGGGGGUAUCAUAUUAUGCUUGAGAAUGCA